GUAGGAAAAUAAUCCCAAAUAACCCCCUAUCGUAGUAAUGUGAAUUUAGAGCGACGUUUUUGGACGUUCUCUCAAGCUAACAAGAACGUCUAACACUGAUUUUAUUAUUAUAAAAUCAAAUAUUUUAUUAUAAAUUGAAAUAAAAGCUAGUUUUUCCACAGCCAGUUGCUCUCGAUGAAGUGUCUGUUAGUUUUCUAAUUAAGGCAGUACUUUGGAGUGCUGCUGCCUUCGAAUCGACGAUAAAUAAAGUUAAGAUUUUGUGAACACUAAUUAAGCCGCGGUGUUAUUUUGAUUGUCAAAGUAGAAAAUUCUGUGAAAAAUGGGACGCCGUUCGAUCAACACCACGAAGAGUGGGAAAUAUAUGAAUCCCACUGAUCAAGCAAGAAAGGAAGCGCGUAAGAAGGAAUUGAAAAAAAAUAAAAAGCAACGACAAUUAGUAAGAGCAGCAGUUUUGAAAGGCAAAGAUCCAGCACAGAUUAUUGAAGAAAUGGAGAAGAUUGAUCAGAUGGAAUAUAAUGUAAUGCAGCCACCUCCCUUGAAUGAAAAAGUACUGAAAGACAAACGAAAAAAACUUAAGGAGACUUUAGACCGAGUCUUAAAAAUGUAUGCGAAAGAUGAUCAAGAAAAAUGGGCAGAACUGAAGGAACAAUUGAUACAGUAUGAGCGUAGAAGAAUAGAUCUUGUUUCUUAUUUUGAAGCUGUGCGACAUGCACAGCAAGUACAAGUUGACGAAAUUCCAUUGCCAUCAGCUGCCAAUGAUAUAUCCAGGAUGUAUCCAGGUUCCUUAACAUCACAGAUUCCAUUACCGGACAUGCCACAGCCACCUGCACAUAUGUAUCCACCUCAUCCUCAUUACAUAUCACAACACCAUACUAUAAUAAAUAUUCCUGUACCACCAAGUAUCUUAAAGAAGACCAGUGCAUAUGCAACUACUCCAGUUGUGCCUACAUUGGCACCCAAUAAAGAGCCGCCUGGUGUACCACCUUUUCCACCUCCAGAACUGUCAAGCGAUGAUGAAGAUACUGAAAAUCAGGUAAAGGAACCACCAGCAAAAUCAAGAACGAUUCGAUUCGCCGAUGAUAAAGAGGACAACAAACAAGAGUCGGAAAACAAGGAGAAAGACGCGGAAAAGGAGAAAGAAAAGGAUAGAGAUAUGGCAAAAGUCAAACCGACUACGUUGCAGCAAAAAAUGUUGGCAAUGGCGGGACAAGAUAUUGAUCAAUUUAUGCGAGAAAUGGAAGUUGUCCAUAAGAGAAGAGAGACCGAGCGUGCUCAAGAUCUAAACGCGCGAUUGUCGCUGCUCGAGACGGAAAACGAAUCUAAUGCUAAAUCUGGCAAUAAUAAAUCUAAUAACAAAGGAGAUGACGAGGAGAUAGAACCACCUGGGGCAUCGGAACAUCUCGCUGGACAUGGACAGCACACGUCUCAUCCCCAUGCUCAGCACACACAGCAACAUGGGACAAUGCCACCAAUGGGUAUGCCACCUCCACCUCUGCUUUAUAGGCCACCUCCACCACCGUUGCAUCUCAGAAUGCCGCCGCCGCCGCCACCUCGUAUUGGACUCCGUUUACCACCUGGUCCACCACCUGGAAUGCCGAGAAUACUGAGACCCGGACCUCCAAGUAUACCUAGAAUGCCACCGCCGCAAAUGCAGAUGUCGAAUAUGUCGAAUAUAGCAAAUCCUCAGAUACAAACACAAUCGGGAACUGCUGCACAACCCAAAACACCCAAUGUUCUUUCCGCUGCACCGCAGUUAAUUAAUCGAAAAGACAAAGAUGGAAAAAGUACCACCACUAUUGAAGCAAAACCACAAAUUAGGAAUUUGGCUGCUGACGUUACUAGAUUUUUACCAACAUCUUUACGUGUAAAGAGGGACGAUAAGAAAAAAUCCAGCAAUAUUUCCAGGAUUACGGAAAGGCCACCGGAAACGCAGCCGCUUAGGACAACACAACCUAAAACUAAGGAUGAUGCAUAUAUGCAAUUUAUGCAAGAAAUGGAAGGAUUACUCUGAAAAGUGUACUCUUUACUUAAUUGAAAUCAAUAUAUGAAUUUUGUACAAUAUUCAAUGUAAUUGUGAACAUACACAUGCCCUUUCUGUUACUUAAUUAAAUCUGGAUAUUGUCAAUAUCUUUAAAUAUAAGAUAAAAAUAAUAAUGAAAAUAAGAAAUACGACAUGCAGAAUUUUAAUUAAAGAGAUUGGAAAAAUAACA